AGAUUAGCUCUAGUUUCUUGUGCUUUACCUCCAUGCAUGAGAUCAGUAUGUGCAGCAGCUUAAGCAGUACACUGUUUCAGGAAAUAGUUUAUUUCACCUUUUGACACUGUUAGUUCCACACGAGGUAGAUGUCUACUACUGCAGACUAAAAUUACAUUUCUGUCACCUACAAGACGCUUGCCUUUAAUGUUACUGUUACUCUUACAACCACACAUAACCAUAAAAUGGUGCACAAUUCUGAAUCCAUCAACUCUUUUGCCAACGAAAGAAGAGGGCACUUCUCAUGAGUGUAGAGAGCACGUGGAGAAGGAGUGUAAGCCGAGGGAUGACUUAACAGAUGUGCCACUUGAUGAGGGAAUGGUUUGGUUUGUUGAUGGUUCGAGUUUUACAACAGCAGAGGGACAGGCUAAAACAGGUUUUACUGUAGUAGAUAGUGAGAAAAUUAUCUGUGCAAGACAACUAGCAUGUUUCAUAUUUGCUUAAGCAGCAGAGAUGCUAGCUUUAACGGAAGGGUGUAAAGCUGCAGAGAGACAAUAUACACUGAUAGCCAAUAUGCAUUUGCUACAUUACAUUUCUUUGUAGUGCAGUGGGUGAGACGAGGUGUGACAGCCUCUACAGGGAAGCCUGUACAACACAGCAAACUCCUGCAAAAUCUGCUGGAAGCAAUAAUAUUGCCCAGUAGAAUUGCCAUUUGUAAUUGUGCAACACAUGUGAGGGAAAGAUCCAGUUGCAUUAGGGAAUGCUUUUGCAGAUAAGAUCGCAAAAGAGGCAGCUUUAGGAGCACAUGGUGUUCACAUUUUAGCAGUGCAACAUCAACAGACAUCGCCUAUUAUACAAGAUGCACUGGCAGACAUGCAGGCCCACUCACCUACUGCAGGAAAAACGGUUGUGGCUUACAGAAGGAGCGAGCUUGCAGGAUGGUGUUAUUGUCUGUGCGAUAAACCAAUACUGCCAUAGAAUUUGUAUAAGACUGCUGCUAUUUUGAGCCAUGGGCCGUGGGCAGCAGUAGUGCAACAUUUUCAUACUCUAGGAUUUAAUACCUUUGAAAAAUUUUGCAGGUCAUGUAUGAUAUGUUGCAAGCGCAAUUCUCGGGGUAAUUUGAGACCUAAGAGAGGGAAAUUCCCCAGACCCAGUCACCCAUUUCAAGUUAUUCACAUGGAUUUUAUAGAGCUGUCCCACUGUAAUAACUAUAAGUAUUGUCUAGUGAUAGUGUGCCCUUUUUCAAAGUGGGUAGUGGGUUCUUCCCAUUCUAUGCAAGGCCACCUGGGUUGGCUGGAAGACUGUUUACUUAGCCUGGCAGGGCGAAGGACACUGUCUCAGCUGAACUCUGGACACACACACACACACACACACACACACACACACACAGACAGACAUAUAUCCACAGGUUUCUGUAAGAGCGUACGUAGGCUGCCAUGACAGACCACUACUUCCGUUGUCCGGUUUUAUACUUCCGGUUACUCGAAGCGAGACCCAGCGUUCAGUCGUUGCUAACAACAAAAUCAGUUACUUUGUGCGGUAAUAAGUGGCUUUACCUGUUCGAAGAUGAGCUCGGGUUCAACGUGUGCUGUUGUCGGCUGCCACAAUAAUUCAAGAAAACGGAAAAACGCAUUAGAAACAUUUUGCCUUGAGCAUCAACAACUUAGAAAGGCCUGUCUGAGCCCACCGCCCUACGCACUGCACUCUAUGCCGCGGAAGGAGGAUCGGAAACUAGCGUGGCUGGCAGCUUUAAGACUCAAACACCCUCCAAAGAGAGUUUAUGUUUACUCCUUUCAUUUUAUCGAUAAAAAGCCCACAGAGCUACACCCCGACCCGGAGCUUUAUCUGGGCUAUGACCGACCCCCACCGAAGAAAAGAAGAAAGCUCACUCUGACCACUUUGAGUGUGACAGCUUCCAGUAAUACGAACAAAAACACAGAAUCUGUACCCGACUCCACAGUGUUACGUUCAGUGGAAUUAGACCAGGCCAGCAUCUCCACACAACCCCCUGAGCCACAUCUGCACUCAGUCCACACACAGUGGGAGGAUCCUUCGCAACAAGACCAUCAAUACUGCAACAGGUCUUGCAGGAAAGAUGUGCAGGAUAAGAUGACUCAGUGUGAUGAAGUUGCAUAUUUCAUUCUUCAAAAUGAUGCAGACGCUUUGCUGUACACUGGGAUAGCCUUAGAAACAUUUAACACACUUGUGUCGACACUGGAAGGAUAUGACAACAAUGAAUUUACAAUGCCUGUCCAAGAUCAAGUCCUCAUGACACUUAUGAAAUUACAGAGUAACCGUGCAAUAGAUGACCUAAGCCGCCAGUUUCAUAUAUCACAAAGCAUGGCCAGCAAGAUCAUCUCACACUGGUUAGACAAGCUGGAGGAAGUUCUCCGACCAUUAAUUCCAUGGCUGCCAAAAGAAACUAUUCAAGCAACUAUGCCUGAAGCCUUUAAGAAGAACUUUCCAAAUACUACAUGCAUUAUAGACUGCAGAGAGACCCUUUUACAGAAACCCAGAAAUCUGGGCUCAAGAGGGGAAUCAUACAGCCAUUAUUAUUCACACAACACAGGCAAAUAUUUGGUUGCUGUUGCACCAUGUGGACUAAUCAUGUUUGUGUCUGCGGCAUAUGGCGGCCGAUGUAGUGACAAAUUUAUCACAAUGGACUCUGGAAUAUUAACAUACCUAAAACCUGGUGAUGAAGUCAUGGCAGAUAGAGGUUUUACAAUUAAAGACUUACUCUUUGAGAGAGUAGAUUAGUAAUACCCGCUUUCACAAAAAAACGUAGACAGCUAACUGAGGAACAGGUAACAUA